CAGCCCCGCUCCGCGGCCGCAGGAGGGGCCGGGCCCGUCCGAGCCGGCGGCCGCGGCGGCUGCUCCGAGGGCGAACCAACUGAAAAUGUCUCAGAAUCCUGACGAGCUAAAUUCCAGUGAAGAGAAGCUGAAUGCUUUGGAGGAGGAUGAGGAGGAGAGCUUGGACAACUCGGAUCAGUCUGGCCGGAAAAGGAUUCGACAGAGUGCUCCAGGGUGCCACAGGGAUGAUACACCCAAGUCCAGUCCCUCUCGGCCUGUGUCCAUAGAAGAGCUCAUGGAGACAGCCAAGGGAGUCACCAACAUGGCACUGGCACAUGAAAUUGUGGUGAAUGGAGACUUCCAGAUAAAGCCAGCUGAACUGCCAGAACACAGCUUAGAGAAGAAAGUCAGAGAUAUUGUGCAUAAAGCUUUCUGGGAUUGUCUGGAAGCUCAGCUGAAGGAAGAUCCCCCAACAUAUGAUCAUGCAAUUAAGUUAUUGGGAGAAAUUAAAGAGAGUCUUCUGUCAUUCUUGUUGCCUGGUCACACUAGACUGAGAAGCCAGAUUACAGAAGUUCUUGACCUGGAUUUGAUAAAACAGGAGGCAGAGAAUGGGGCCCUUGACAUUUCUAAGUUGGUCAAAUUUGUUAUUGGCAUGAUGGGGACUCUUUGUGCUCCAGCUCGAGAUGAAGACAUUAAGAAACUGAAAGAUAUUAAUGAAAUAGUUCCUCUUUUCAGAGCAAUUUUCUCUGUAUUAGACCUAAUGAAAAUGGAUAUGGCAAACUUCGCUGUCAGUAGUAUUAGGCCAAAAUUAAUGCAGCAGUCUGCUGAAUAUGAAAGAAAGAAGUUUCAGGAGUUUCUUGAGAAACAGCCAAAUUCUUUAGACCUUGUCACAAAGUGGUUGCAAGAAGCAGCAGAUGAUCUUGCAAAGCUGGGACAUGAAACGUUGCCUCCCCACUGUAAUGAUGGUGCCACUGGUGGAGCUUCUGCCUUGUGCUUCACUGCUGUACAAAAUCAGGCCUAUCUGAAGCUUCUCAAGUGGGAUCACGUGAACAGGCCUUUUCCAGAAACGCUGCUGAUGGACCAGACACGCUUCCUGGAGAUGCAGCUGGAGCUGGAGCAGCUGCUGCUGGUGGGGACAGUGCUGCUGGUCACCUUCAGUGCAGCAGGCCCGGCUCUCAUCGACGUGCCUGGCUUUGCAGAGAGGAUCAAAACCAUCGUCAAGGUGCUGCUGACAGGGAUGCAUCUCCCCUCCUUCAACCUGAAGGAAUCCCUGGCCACCGUGGGUGAGAAGGUGUGUGCUGAGGUGAACAGCUGCCUUUCCCAGCAUGGCUUUACCCCGUUCUCAGCUGAGAGGGAGGCUGUGCUGAAGGGGCAGAUCCAGGCAGUGGGCAGCCCAGACAACUCCAUCUCCAAGCUCAUAGAUUCUCGAAUUCAAAAGUUUCUGGAGAAUUAUCUUGCAUCCGGUCACCAGAAAUCAUUGCCUGCCAUUCCUGGAGGAUUAGGCCCCAUUCAGAGGGAGCUGGAGGAGAUUGCUGCCAAGUACAUUCGUCUUGUCAACUACAACAGAAUGGUCUUCAGCCCUUACUAUGAUGCAGUCCUUGGCAAAAUACUGACUAAGGGAGAAUCCCAAAUUGUAGGGAAGUCAGAAGAAUCAUAAAACCAGUCUGUGUGCUAUCACUACAGUAUUGUCAGCUAUUAAAUAAAACUUGUACCAAUAUUUGUCUAGGAAAAGAGCUUUCCGUGUAAAUACUGGUUCCUUUAACCCACGAGUGCUGACUGGUGAGGGAAACAGAGGAGAUGCCAAAAGGGUUCUGAGCUAAAAGAGGAGAGAUGCAUUUCUAAUAUAAUUAUGCAACCUGGGGAAGGGGAUAUCAUAGGAGUUUUCUGGCUGCAAUUUUUAGAUUUUUGAGCUGGUGAUAGGUAGGGCAAGUUUAAGAACCAAACUUUGUAUUUAAGUGGCUCAUUUCAGGGCAUUUAACUCUUAAUUUACAGUGAACUUACUUUAAUUUAUCCAGAGCUGAUUAGCAAUGGUUCUUCCCAGAAGGGGUGAUUUGGUUUUUUUUU